AUGGCAGUCCCUAAGCCCUCAUCUGUCCUCCAAUAUCUGCUCGCAGAGAAUCAAUAUCAACACCUUUCCCACCACGUCGCACACCAAGACAUAUGGAUCCAACUCCAAACCCUCCAGCGACUCCUAUGCAUCCGACCACCGCACCCCCCUCUUCCCGAGAGUAUCCAAAACGGCAUUGAUAUCAUCCUACAAUACCAACAAAGUCACAAGCUUCUGACACCAUCCGAAACAAUCCGCCCGAUCCUAUCUAUCCCGAAUACCCCAACCUCCCUUGGUCUCUGGAAAGGCGACAUCACAACCCUAACCAACGUCACCGCCAUCGUAAACGCAGCCAACCCCCAGAUCUUAGGCUGCUUCCAGCCUUCGCACCGCUGCAUCGACAAUGUCAUUCAUUCCGCCGCGGGCCCGCGACUCCGCGAGGCUUGCGACGCGAUCAUGCAGGAACAGCGCGAUCCAGAGCCCGUGGGUGGUGUGAAAGUCACGCCUGGGUUCAAUCUUCCGGCAGAGUAUGUCCUGCAUACUGUUGGGCCGCAAAUGCGCGGGAAAGACGGUGAGCCGACUGCGGAGCAGAAGGAGCGGUUGGCAAGUUGUUAUCGAUCGUGUUUGGAUGCGAUGGAGGAAUUGCCGCCGUUGGCGGAUGGAAGGAAGGUAAUCGCGUUUUGUUGCAUUUCGACCGGGCUUUUUGCGUUUCCGCCGAAACUGGCUGUUGAUAUUGCUGUGGACACCGUGGUGGAGCGGUGUAAGGAUCAUCCAGAGACAUCCGUGACGGAUGUGAUAUUCGAUGUGUUUGCGGAGGGGGAUUGGGGAUUGUAUGAGAAGAAAUUGAAGGGGUUGAAGUCUCUAUAUUCACCUGUUCAGAAACCUCUCCCACCCAGUCUGCAAGACAUCCACACUCAACACCCAUCCAUCCUCAAAGCGCAACAAUGGAUCAAAGAAGCAGAUACCUUGAUCAUCAGCGCUGGUGCAGGGCUAUCUGCCGCCACGGGACUGGACUAUACCUCGCCGGCCCUAUUCGAGAAAUACUUCCCGGCAUUCCUUCCCCUCGGUUUGAACCGCUUAUACGACGUCUUCGGAUUCCAGGAAUGGGACUCCCCGGCGCAGAAAUGGGGAUACUAUUUCAACCAUCUAAACAUGGUGAAAACUUGGCCGAAGUCAUCGGUGUACGCUGCGUUGCAGCGAUUGACCAAGCGUUUUGAGUCACGCUAUUUCAUUCGCACCUCAAACGCAGACGGAUUCUUCGUGGCCAACGGAUUUGGCGAGGACCGGAUCACCACGCCGCAGGGGCAGUAUCGCUACCUGCAAUGUUUCGCAAAAUGUCAUCGAGAUGCCGUUUUCCUCUCUGAGCCGUUCCUCACGGCUGCUUUGCCCUACCUCGAUCCCGGAACCCAAUAUCUAACAGACACGUCCAAGAUACCCAGAUGCAAGUACUGCGGAGGCGAACUAACCCUUUGCGUCCGUGGAGGAGACUAUUUCAACCCAAUCAGAUUUCUUCCACAGGAGGAGCGCUAUAAGGCAUUUGUCGAGGAUACCGCACGGUCAUCGAAUACGGUGAUUCUCGAGUUGGGCGCAGGUAUGAACACGCCUGUGGUACUGCGGUGGCAUGAUGAGGACCUCGUCCGCGAGUCAGAAGGGAAUAUCCGAAUGAUACGAGCUGGUAUCGGGGCUGCUGGAUGUGCGCCAUGGGAUAUGGAGGAGUGGAAUGUAGCUGUUGGGAUUGAGGGAGGGUUGGAUCAUGUGUUGGAUGUGUUGAUAGAUUCGCCAAGUUUUCAGUCAUAG